UAUGGGUUUCAGUUUGGGUGGACGAGAUCGGGAUUUGAAUCCUGGAUGAGCCCAUCUCUUUGCAGUUUGUGCUGUCAGGAAGACAAUUAUUACUGGAGAUGCAAAUUGGUCAAAAACAAAUUGUAAAAAUCUAUCUAUCCAAACACUCAAACUGUUUUUAAUCUGGCAAAAUGUGAAGUCAUACAUCCAGGAAGAGACCAGGAGGGCAAUCCUGGUAGGGUGGGGGACUCUACCCUGGGAAGCAGUGUCUUCAAAAAAGAUUUGGUGGAUAAUUAUCUGCUCAUGAGCUCCCAGCGUGACACUGUAGCUGGAAGGGCUAAUGUAGGAUGCAUAGAUAGUGAAAUCUCGAGUAAGAGAAGAGGGAUUAAUUUGCUCAAUUUAAUUGGGCACUGGUGCGACUGCUGCUGGAAUGCCGUGUCUAGUUUUGGCAUCAACAAUUGAAGAAGGAUGUUGAUAAUUUAGAGAGGGUUCAGAGAAGAGCCAUGAGAAAGAUUAAAGACCAGAUAACAUGCUGUAUAGUGAGAGACUCAAAGGAGCUCAAUCUAUUUAGCUGAACAAAGAGAAGGGGUGACUUGAGCACAGUCUAUAAGUACCUGUAUAGGGAAUAAAUAUUUGAUAUCUGACUCUUCAGUCUAGCAGAUAACAUGAUUCAAUGGCUGGAAGAGAAAGCUAGAUAAAUUGAGAAGGAAAUAAGCUGGUUGCAGGAGCUGAAAGAGUCUGGGUAGAUCAGUCUUUGAGCAGGGAUGGAGGGAUCUGCAAGGGCUAAGGCAGGUAGUUGCUGGCAGGGACCAGGGAAGUGAGGGAAUAGCUACUGUCUGGCUUCCAAUAUUCACUUAAGACAGGCUACAGGGAAGUGCCUCAGGGAAAUACAGUUACUUAAAGAGAUGUGGCACAUGGCUGCUACUUAGAGGGUCCCUGGGCUGGGACCUGGGGUACUGCGUGAGCCUAGGUCCCACCCCCCCCGUGAUGGUGUACCCCAUAAGGCUUCAUGGGAAUAUGCUUAUGAAUGUAUAUAUGAUAUAACUGGAAUAUGUUUUAUGCUACAUAUGCCAUGUAACAUAUCUAUGUAAAGGUUAUGAUCUACUGAAUACAUUUCUCCUAUUUGUAUGUAUGUAUCAUUUUUGUACUUGAAGUUAGGAAUAUUGGCUAUAUACUUGCUUGAUUUCUAAGUAACCUUAGUAAAGUAUUUGGUCAGCUUCUUUUGAAAAGAAUGUGCAAAUUAAAUGCCCAAUCAAGAACCACUUAAGCUAACAAUGAAUUCGAAGAUGCCAAUCCACAUCGGAGCUUUCCCAGGAAUGUGCUUGACUGGUAAGAAACUCAGUCAUGCAUGGACAUGUGACUUGCCCAUGUGACUCCAAAACUCCAUCUUGGAGCUGGACUUUGCAUAGGAGAGAGGAGGGGGUCUCCACCCACAAGAAAAAGUCUACUUAAACCCCUGGGAGGCCCCUCCAUUUUGUCUUCAGCUGGGUAAAGAGAGAGCCUCUCCACCCCCAAGGAUACCCGAAAGAAACUGGAACAAAGGACAGUAACUACAGGGGGUGUGAGUGAUUGCUAGAUACAGACUAGAAGGAGACUAGUCUGUAAAAGGAAGCUUACUGGAAUUCCUCUAAGGGUCCAACUUUGUGGAGACCUUUGCAGGGGAGAGUCUUUCAAACAGCUCAUUAAUACAUGACCCCGGUUCUCGGCAAGCAGGAUCGAACCUGGGACCUCUGGAGCUAAAUGCCUGAGCCUCUACUGCAUGAGGCUAAAGCUGGCACGGCUCUGCCCACCUGCACUACAAUCACACCUUCACUUGCUGGGUAGACGUACCCUGAGAUGUUUCUGUGGAGCCCAGAACUGUGCUGGUUGUUCCCCACCCAUGCCUGGGGGCCUGCCUGGACACUGCUCCUAAUUGCCAGAUAUCAGGAAGCUCUGCUGACCCAAUUGCUUCCUGGAUUGAGCCCUCCCACUCUUCCACUUCCCUCUCUGGCUGGGCUCUAUAUAAAAUGCUCCAAGACGUGCAGGAGGAUCAGAGUGAGGUUCAGCUCAGCAGAGGCUGAGAUCCAUCGCUCCGACGACAGGAAAGGAACAAGGACUUGGGUGAAUCCAGUGACAGACGUGGCCAUGGCCCUGAGGAGACCCGGCCCCUUGCUCUUCCUGACCCUCAUCCUGCUGGCCGCUGGACUCGCACAGCUCAUCAGACCACCCGACAGCUACCGAAAGUUUGUGAGCGAACACGUUGAUUUCCCCAAGACCAGACCCCCCAGUGGCCAGAGCUACUGCGACCACAUGAUGAGGCGCCUGAGCCAGAAGAUCCAUAUAUGCAAACUCACCCACACCUACAUCCAUGUCCCCGCCAGCCAGCUCCGGGCCAUCUGCACCACUGGAGGGAGAUGCAACCAAUACAACGAAUGCGACAGCAACGCAGCCUACCCCCUCACCACCUGCCAGGUGCGCAGCUUCCCCCGCCCACCGAGCUGUGUCUACAGGGGAAUACCUCAGACCCGCAGGAUCCGUGUGGCCUGUAACCGGGGGCUGCCUGUGCGUUUCAUCAGAGUCCUGUAGAGCCCAGGUGCUGGUCAUGGGCUCGGAGCAGGGGGUCCUCUGCUUUCCCCAUUCGCUCCAGUGCAGACCCCUGUCACUGGGGGCUCUCCUGCCCCGUCCCUGCCUCCUGGGCAGUGCUCGCCACAGAGAUAUUUAGCAUCUCCCCUUAUCCCACAGGCCGGCAGCUUGGGGCCUGCGGGGGAACUUCCCACACUAGGUGCCCAGUUCCCAGACACAUGAGUGAAAAUCCGGGUGCCCACCCCCUCUCCCCUGGCUGGCACUGAGACCCUCAUUCUGAGCCCAGUGUCUGCCUCGCUGAGCAGGAUCCAAACACAACUGCCCUGAACUUGAGCUGGGCUGCCCUGAACCCAACAGGGGAGGGGGCCAAGCAGCUCUGAAACCUCAGAUUGAUUUGGUUUGGGUGCCCUAUUUUAGUCUCCCAGGAUAGAUCAAUAUCCCAGUAAACCCCUUGAUGGCCGCCCCUUCGCCAUCCCCCACUCCCUGCUGCCCCUAGUGCCCAUUAUACUGUACAGCCCUUCCCCAUCCCUGAUCCACUGGAUGCUGUGUGGAUGUUGUCUCAGGUUGAGCCCUGGGGAAGCUGUCACCGAGUUCAAUUUUUUCACUGCUUCUUGCAAUAAAAUAUUUUCCUGCAAA